AUGUCUUCUCCGAUAACUAACAAUUUAACGCAUGCUUCUCGAGCACAACAGCAUGGUAACAGUUUCGAGAUAGCCACGUAUGAGAUUGCUAGCCCAACUAUUCUUACCGAGGUCAGCAACCCCGAAAUACUAGGAUAUGCUUUUUCUACUUGGAAAAAAUGGAAAAUCCUGAUUGUCGUCUUCCUCGUGCAAUGUUCCAUGAACUUCAACACGUCAUUGUAUUCCAAUGGCCAGAAGGGCAUCUCGAAGGAGUUUGGCGUUAGUGAGCAGGACGCUCGUAGCGGUGCUGGACUGUUUCUAGUACUCUACGCCUUUGGAUGUGAGCUCUGGGCCCCCUGGUCUGAAGAAAUCGGCCGCUGGAUCAUCCUGCAACUGUCUCUCUUCCUCGUCAACCUCGCCGCCAUCCCCGUAGCCAUUGGCCCCAACUUCGCCACCAUACUCGCUUUCCGCUGCCUUGGCGGUCUCUUCUCCGCCGGCGGCAGCAUCACUCUGGGAAUCGUCGCCGACAUGUACCGCGCCAAUGACCAACAGUACGCCGUCGCGUUUGUGGUCCUAGCCUCGGUGGGUGGAUCCAUCUUCGGCCCCAUCAUCGGCGGCUUCGUCGAGGAACACCUCGCCUGGCGGUGGAGCAUCUGGCUGCAGAUCCUCGUCGGUCUCGUCGUCCAGCUCCUGCACGCCUUCAUUGUCCCCGAGACUCGCACCACCUCGCUCCUGAACGCGCACGCCGAGAAGCUGCGCAAGCAGACCGGAAACGACAAUAUCGUUGGGCCUAGCGAGGGCGAGAGCUGGAGGGAGAGGCUGCCCCCCAAGAAGGUCAUGCAGAUCUGGAUCCGGCCCUUCAAGAUGUUCGUAACCGAGCCCAUCGUCCUGGCUCUGUCGCUGCUCUCCGGCUUCAGCGACGCGCUGAUCUUCAUGGGUUUCCAGUCCUUCAGACUCGUUUACGGCCUCUGGAACUUCGGCCCACCGGCGCUGGGACUGACGUUCAUUGCUAUUGGCCUGGGGUACCUGUUAGCGUACGCCACUUUCAUCGGGGCGAUUCGGAAGAACAUCAAGAUGAGACAGAGGAAGCCGGACAGCGAGUUCGCCAUGUUCGAGUCACGUCUCUGGUGGAUGUGCUACACUGCCCCUUGCCUGCCCAUCGGUCUUGUGCUCUUUGCCUGGUUCAGCGACAGUUUGACGUUUCACUGGAUCUUGCCUGUCAUCGCCACUGCUAUCAUCGGUGUUGCCAACUUUGCUAUCUACAUGGGUACUAUUGACUACAUGGUCGCUGCUUACGGUGAGUAUUCCGCCUCCGCCACUGGCGGCAACGGCUUCGCCCGUGACCUUUUGGCCGGUGUCUUGACCUGGGCCGCCAUCCCCUAUUACGAGGCCUUCAAGAGCAACCCCGAUACCGCCAUGUUCCACCUCCAGAUCGCCAACACCGUUCUUGCCGCUGUUGCCUUCCUCCUCGUCGCCGCUGCCAUGAGCAUCUACUUCUGCGGCAAGAAUCUCCGUCACAAGUCCAAGAUGGCGGAGCGGCUCCACGAUGACGCUUCGACCUCGUCUCGUUCCUCCCAUCGACAGGGAGCCGGUGUAUAUCCUCACCAUACACCUCAAUCAUCUUCCUCAACCUCGCCAGCUCCAAGAACGACUGUUCCGUGUCGACUCGCUGGUCAGCAGCGAUAAUCGCUUCGACGUCCAUUUUUACGAAGUCCCCGCAGAACAUAGGCACAACUUCCAACAACCUCCUGUACUUGGUCUUUCUGUCUCGGAAAAUCCGCGAUACCUGGAGACACCAAUAAUGCAAAACAUGGACCAACUCCCUCCUGGGCGCGCGACGCAUCGAAGUAGCGAUGUAAUACAGGAGCAGCAUCAAUCGCAU